CAAAUCAAAAACAAAAAAACCGGUCCUUAAAAAUUUCCCCUUAUUAAUAUCUCCCCCAAUCCAUCUCUCAACUCACCGGCACCAGCUACAACACCUAUGAAUUGACUAAAUUACCCCUCUUCUCUUCUAAAACCCAACAAGGAGUAAAACGUAAUUUUCGCAUGGGCGCAUCAUUAUCCAGUCUAACAGAUAACGAAUCAACGACGGGAAAACCAAGUCUUGGUGACAUACCGGAAAAUUGCGUGGAAUGUGUGUUUAUGUACCUUAAUCCACCCGAAAUCUGUAAUUUAGCUAGGCUUAAUAGGGCUUUUCGUCGUGCUGCAUCAAGCGACGCCGUUUGGGAUUCUAAACUUCCGGUUAAUGUUCAUCAACUGCUCGACGUAUUGCCUCAAAGAAAAAAAUACGAGGGGUUUUCUAAGAAAGAUAUAUUUGCUUUGUUAUCUAGGCCUGUUCCAUUUGAUGAUGGCAAUAAGGAAGUAUGGUUGGAUAGAAUUAGUGGAAGGAUUUGCAUGUCUAUCUCCACGAAAGCGAUGUUGAUAACUAGUGGUGAAGACAGAAGACAUUGGAACUGGUUUCCUACUGAUGAGUCAAGGUUCCACGUUGUGGCGUAUUGCCAGCAAGUAUGGUGGUUUGAAGUAGGUGGUUCAGUGAAAUUCCCAUUUCCUCCGGAUGUAUACACGCUAACAUUCAGGGUCCACCUUGGGAAAUUUUACAAGAGACUUGGUCGACGUGUUUGCAACUUUGAGCACACUCAUGGAUGGGAUUUAGGGCCAGUGCGAUAUGAACUAUCUACAUCUGAUGGGCAGCAUAUAGUGAGUGAGUCCUCCAUACAUGAUAGCGAUCAAGGUGGCAACUGGAUAGAGUACAAGGUGGGUGAAUUUAUAGUGAGUAGGUCCGACCCUGCUACUGAAGUUAGAUUUUCAAUGAAACAGAUUGAUUGCACACAUUCAAAAGGUGGGCUCUGUGUAGAUUCUGUAUCGAUUGUCCCAAGCGAUCUGAAAGGUCGUAGAAGAAAAAGGGUCUUGAAGUACCACUGAGUCAUCUGUUUCUAAUUUUUUCCACUGCUCCCAGAAAGUUUUGGUUGGGGUCCCAUAAUACGGCUUAUACUGUCUAAAAACUUGGUUUCGUGGAGGAUAGUCAUUGUAGUUUUUUGCCUUAGGUACCUGUGUCCGUGUAAAUGUUACUAUGUCAUCUUUGGUCCAGUUUUGUCACAGAAUGGAAAGAUCAAGAAAAUGUACUUUGCUUAUGUGUCACGAGGAAAGGUUUAACGUUCUUCUUGUACAUGUAAAUAUUCGAGAAAUUCUUUUUCAAAUGUCUUUACUGCUACUUGUAUUA